GCGUUAUUCCCUUUGACGAUGUUCCCUGGGUGUAUCGGGUUCUUCCUCUUCAUUUUGACGAUACUCUUGAGAUACUUCAUAACAGCCCACAAAUAACUGCGCAAUACCAACUUCAAGCAAGAACCACUUCACAUUGAACACUUACAAUCGCCAUUAGUGACUGCGGCCACCCUACUUCCCACAGUCACGCAACAGUAACCUUCGGCCGUACCGCACCACGACGCCUCUGAGAGGACCAUUGAACUUUUUGACGAACCCACUCUAUCAACUCAUACCAACAUAAUGGCUGAGGAAGCUCCUGUCAAGGCCGUUCAGGUCAAGCUCGUUUUGCUCGGUGAGUCGUUUUUCAAUAUGUAGUGUGGUAAAGAAUGGAUUGGGUGGAACAAGGGAGCAGAGGAGUUUGCACGCAGCGUCACUUCUGGUCCGCACCUUCGGGGAUCCAGCUGCACAUAUCUCUACAUUCUAUUAAGUCGUUUGCUGAUGUUGUAUGUUCAUCUCUUUCUGCCAUCGCUUCGCCACCCAACAUCCACGUCAUUCCCUGACCGCAUCGCAUCUUGGCGGUCCAUCGUUGCUAUCGCCGCGUCCUCAACAAUCCCAAUCAUAUUGAUAAUGCGUUGAAUUUGGUGGAUAUGUGGGAUAUGACAACGUAGGCGAGGCUGCCGUUGGAAAAUCAUCUCUAGUUCUCCGAUUCACCUCUGGUGAUUUUGAUGAGAACACGUCGCCAACCAUCGGUGCGGCGUUCCUGACGCAAAAGUGCCGAUUGGAGAAUAGGAUCGUCAAGUUUGAGAUCUGGGACACUGCCGGUCAAGAGCGAUUCCACUCUCUUGCGCCCAUGUACUACCGUAAUGCUCAGGCGGCUGUUGUUGUCUACGAUGUCACCAAAUCUGCUUCUCUCGAAAAAGCCAAGGCUUGGGUGAAGGAACUCCAACGUCAAGCAAAUGCCAACAUCGUUAUCGCCCUCGUCGGUAACAAGCUCGAUCUCGUCUCUGCCGCUCCUUCCACUUCUGCAUCUUCAUCUUCUGAAACCCCUGCCGAAGGUGAGGGUGAGGCCGACGCUGAAGCAGAGGAGGAAUCAUCUCCUGCAGCUGCUGCCGACGAUGAAGACGUAAGGCAGGUCCCCACCGCGGAGGCAGAGGCGUACGCCAAGGAGGCUGGUUUGCUGUUCUUCGAGGCGAGUGCCAAGGCGGGUACCAAUGUCAACGAGCUGUUCACUGAAAUCGCCAAGACAAUUCCUUUCGAUACUAUCAUUCCCAAACCGGCUGGUGUGGCACAACAGAACAGACGGGACGCUGCACAAGAUGGCAACAGAGUAAACUUGGGAGAGGGACAGCAAGUCAAGAAGGGAGGUUGCUGUUAAACGUGUUCAGAAGUCUGUGUGCUUGAGAAGAAAAGGAACGUGGGACAGUGUGCUGUGAGCGACUGAGAUGGAUCUGACUGGUUUUGGUUUCGUUACUCGUUAUAGCUUCCCCUCCUUUUUUUACAACUCUUAUCGUGAUGUCUGUGUAUGUUUUGAAUUUUGAAGGAUACGUAUGUUAUGGACUUGACGCA